CUGCGGAGCAAGCUAAUACCGCGCUGGACGUCAAGCAGUUAUGGCUUCCUUUAUAGACGACAAAGCACCUAUCUGUAUCCCUUUCCUGCUCGAUGUGCUUGCAUCGCACAGAGCUACACUCCCAAAUGAUCCUCUGGUAGUCGGGCUUAAUGGCAUUCAAGGCGUUGGUAAAACCACGCUUGUUUCGCUCUUGACCUCCGCCCUGCAAGAGCAAGGGAUCAAUGCGGUUGUCUGCAGCAUAGACGACUUUUACCUCAAGCACGAAGAUCAGCUUGCCCUCGCCGCAGCAAACCCGGAUAAUGCUUUGCUCCAACAGCGAGGCGAACCUGGCACUCAUGAUGUAGAUCUUGCAACAGCAGUCCUGUCAGCGCUUGCAAGCGGUCGCCCAACUACAAUCCCCAAAUACGACAAGGCGGCCUCUUCUGGCCAAGGUGAUCGGCUACCACCCUCGACAUGGACUCCCGUAAACCAGCCGGGUUGCCAACCCAUUGAUGUCAUUAUUCUGGAGGGUUGGUGUGUCGGCUUUCGCUCCAUUGAACCCUCUGAAGUAGAGGCCAAGCAAAAGGCACCAAGCCGAACACUACAAUCUCAUCCUCUUGCCCACCUUAAACUUGUUAACGAGAAGCUUGCCGCAUAUAAACCAUUGACAGACCUGUUUGCCGCCUUCAUACAGAUAGACUCGGAGGAUACGCAAUACGUUUAUAAUUGGCGCUGGGAGCAAGAGGAGAACAUGCGCCGCGAUCGUGGCGACCCCUCCAUUGGUAUGAAUCAUGAGCAGGUCAUCGCCUUUGUGGAUGGCUAUUACCCUGCCUACGAACUAUACACAGGUGGCAUACGCCAGAGGCUAUUUCCUGACCAGCCCAACCGCCAGCUGCGGCUCAUUGUAGGCCGAGACCGUAGAGUAAAGGAGGUUAUUAAAAUGUAAAUUAUAUUUGGUUAUGUUCUAGCAACACAUCCCACCAGAUCUUGGUUCGAACUUGCCCCGCGCCAAAUAAGAUAAAGCAACGAAAGAGACGAUGCAAUUAGGAAUGGUACAGAUUAUCAUAGCUUCAUUAGUCAUUAUUACAUCACUCACUCAACAAGAAUGAGUUCUCUAGCGAAGUGCUCGCUCUCCAACAACCCGACGGCCAUUCUCCUUCAUUGUCUGUAACUUUCGGUCGAUCUUAUCGCUUCGAAUUCGAACUGCAGCUUCGCGCUGUGCCGCUUCAUUUUCAAACUCUUGGAUCAUCUGGCGUUUGUUUCGUCUAGCUUGACGCAUCUUCUUCAUAAUAUCAGCAAAGCGAUCAGCGAACCAAUCACCCGCACAUUCCCAUUCGUCCAAGGUCAUAUUUCCGAAAAACGUUCGCUGCUCUGAAUGUCCGUGAUGCUCCAGCUGGGCGAGCCGGCUUUCAAUGUUGCCACCAGACGUCCCAGAGAGUGUCUGCGCGUUUGCUACGCUGGGAUCGAAAUCAAAAGGCUCGUUCUGGAGUUCGCCAAAACUCAUGCUGCUCAAGAUUCUAUCGUCGUAAUCGGUGCUUGGUCGUCGGCGUUUUCGUUCCAAUGGUGCUGGGGGUACACGUCUAACGGGAGAUGCGGAUAUGGGGUGCUGUGGUUGGCGCUUCGGGCUUCGUGUGGUUCGACCUCGUGGUGUAGCUUGCAAAUCUUCCUCAUCGUAGUUGCUAGAAACGACCGAUUCCACCUCGACCGUUGCCUCAACCUCAAUAGGUUUCACUGCUCUCUGAGGUUCCCAGCUGGAGAAUCGCCUCUGUCGGACAUCUCGAUCCUCGCUCUCCUGCCUAUACUGUUUGUGGACCUUAACCUCUCUCAUUGGCAAAGACUGUUGCAGAGAUGCUUGCUUAUGGUGACGAUGGUGACGUUGUGGUGAUUCUAAUCCGCGGUUCUUAACUGCGGAUCCAGAAAAUCCAUCCUUCAUAUCGUGGGGAUAUCGCUGUGUUGGUUGGGUAACCACUGACAUGAACAAAUCUUCCCCAAGCUGGAACGAUGGGCCGACGCUUCUCGCCAGUUUCUCAGGAUACUGUCUUGCCCGUGUUUGGUGUCCCCGUGGUGUUUUGCUGCGUUCCUCGUAUUGGGGCUGUUCGUAGCCAUCUUCCGGUUCAUUAAGCGGUGUUGAGAUGCCCGAAUGCAUGAAGCUGUCACCAAGCUCCGAGCCAGACAGCAGUUGCUCUAGGCGAUCCACAGGCAACGAUUUGCUGAACAUGGCUGGCGGCGGCGGUUGCAUGCUACGGCCGGUGUCAUCGAAAUUCACCCGCAUAGUAUCGUUAUCAUCGAAUAUGGGGUCUACCGGUCGUCGCGCUGGCUGAGGUACGGGCAACUUCGCAGCAUCUGCCAUGUUCCGCUUCGUUGGUGUCGUUGAUGUGCUUCCAAUGCCGUCAUAAUCAGAUUCUUGGACAUCUUCUUGCAUUCGAAUCGGGCCAAGCGGCUUCUUAUUCUCCGCAAAGGCUUUAAGCCGAUUGCCCCUGUCCCGAAGAUUGGCAAGCGGCAUUGCGAAUGGAAUCUAUGCGUUUGCUUGGGACGAGUCCAUAGAGUUUGGGUUUUGUCGGCGUUGGAUGCUAAAGGUGAUAAAGAUUGGCGAUGAAGUAGAAGAUAGCGGUAUGAGCUCGUCGCUCUCCACUAUAUUUUUUUGUUCUUUGUUUAUCUCCUUCUGUCUCCUUUUGAUACGGC